AUGAAGUUUGUAAAGACUGUGCAUACGUUUGAUUAUGAAUGGAAUUUGGUGUCCGCAGCGCAGUGGCAAAAAUACCCAAACGAUCUAUGUCCUCAUGUCGUGCAUGUCGAUGUAUUGAAUAGAAGGGUGGAUCCAAAGACUGGCGUCCUCAUUACAGAAAGGCUUAUUACAGUGAAACAAAAUGCACCAAAGAUCCUAUUAAAGCUUGUAGGAGCAGAAGAGACACAAUAUGUACGAGAAGUCUCGACCAUUGAUCCCAAGGCCAAAACAUUCAAAAUGACGAGCCAAAACCUUUCAUUAUGUAACUUACUGAAGUGCAAUGAAGAGAUUACUUAUACUGUAUCACCAGAGCAUGCUGGAAAGACACAAUUCACGUCACAAGCAAGCGUGAGAGUAGGAGGCUUCCUGUCGAAAUGGGAGAAUUACAUUGAGGAUUUUUCUAUAAAGCGAUUCCAACAAAAUGCACAAAAUGGUAAGGAGGGGUUUUUGCGCGUAUUGGAGAAAUUUGUUGCCACCACUGCAGCUCAUGGUAGUAGUUCCACCACUGCGGGAGCUGCUGUAGCUGCAGAAUGA